CUCGACAAUAUCAUCCGUUCCCAGAACGACAGGUGAUGAAUCACGAACAUACCUGGGUCCUUGAUCUUGCAGUCAACCGGGUUCAGAGCUGCAGAUUGCAUCUUGACCAGGAGCUGCCCAGCCCCAAGACUGGAGAUGCUACCGCCUGCAGGAGCUGAGCUCAAAGUCGCCCUGCAUAUUUGGGAAGAACAUGAGCUUUAUGUUGCGAAAAUAUGCAAAAGAGGUGUGGAGGGUAAUAUGGUUGGAGGCCCAAUCAUAGAUGCUGCUCUUGUAAUCGCAGGAAACGAAACAUGCCAUCGACCUCAGACAUCGGAGCACUUGGCCACGGUCGAAAUCAUGAAGCUGGAAAACAUCACAAGGUUGACUCAAACAGUCUCCAAUUGAGCACCGAAAAUCAAUUGUUGCAUUCGGGCAUGGUGGUUGAGUUGUCACUCGUCAUUUCGACAUACACUGGCAAGUGAAAUA